AUGGAGUUCCUGCACAAGAACACCAAGUCGCUCCUCGACUCGGAGCUCGCCGACGGCUCGUACAUCUCGGCCAAGGACAAGGACGUCAUCGUCAUUGGCGGUGGUGACACGGGCAACGACUGCAUUGGUACCUCGGUCCGCCACGGAGCCAAGUCGGUCACCAACUUUGAGCUGCUGCCGCAGCCGCCCCCGCAGCGCGGCAACGACAACCCGUGGCCUCAGUGGCCUCGCAUCUACCGUGUGGACUACGGCCACACCGAGGUCAAGCAGCACACGGGCAAGGACCCGCGCGAGUACUGCAUCAUGUCGGAGGAGUUUGUCGACGACGGCAGCGGCCGCGUCAAGGGCAUCAACACCAUCCGCGUCGAGUGGACCAAGUCGCCGUCGGGCGGCUGGGACAUGAAGAAGCUCGAGGAGUCGCGCCAGUUCUUCCCGGCGGACCUCGUGCUGCUGUCGAUGGGUUUCCUCGGCCCCGAGGCCCGCAUCCUUGGCGACGACAUUGAGAAGGACGCCCGCAAGAACGUCAAGACGGCGCCGGGCAAGUACGCCACCAACCUGGAGGGCGUCUUCGCGGCGGGUGACUGCCGCAGAGGCCAGUCGCUCAUUGUGUGGGGCAUCAACGAGGGCCGGCAGGCGGCUCGCGAGAUUGAUCUGUACCUCGAGCAGUACACGGCCCUGCCCGUGACUGGCGGUAUCGUCAAGCACACGCCGCAGGAGAUCUUCAGCGCCCGCGCCAAGCAGGCUGCGCUUUGCCUAAGCAGAUUGACUGAUGAAUGA